AUGCUGUUCGUCGUCGCCGCCGCGCUGAUGGCGGUCGUGGCGUGGAUGCUGGUGUGCCUGUGCCGAGUGAAGCGCGCGAAAACGCGCGCGGCGGCGAUGGAGGCGCGCGCGGCGGCGGAGGCGCGGCGAAGGGCGCUGGAGGAGAAGGAACGCGCGCACGAGGCGUGGAGGGGGCGAUGCGCGGCGUUCGCGAUGCCGGGAGGCGAGGUGAUGAUCGCGAUCGAGACGCGCGACGACGACGACGACGACGACGACGAGACGAUCGAGAACGGUGACGACGCGCGCGCGCGCGAUGCGGUGACGUGCGUGGUGACGCUGCGCGAGGCGGGCGACGACGACGACGCGAAGACGACGGGCGACGACACCAACGUCUAA